AUGGAAGCAGAGUACAUGGCAUUAUCACACGCAUGUACUCAGGCAAUUUGGUUCCGUCAAUUCUUCCAGGAACUAUAUUACCCAGCUGACGCUCCCACACUCAUACUUUCAGACAACCUUGCCGCCCUAAUGUUAUCCGUUGAGUUGCAGUUCCAUGGUCGUUUGAAGCACAUUGACAUUUGCCAUCACUUCAUGCGCAAUACUAUCGAGAAGCGUAUGAUCUCUACGCUGUAUGUGCCAUUGAACGAGAACCUAGCUGAUGCGCUUACUAAAGCCCUACCAGCACCGCAAUUUAAUUACCUGACGAACGCGAUUAUGGGCGAACAGGUAUUUGAAGGACCCGAAGAGGAAGAAGCGGAUUAUCGACUGACCACCGGUUCAAGAAUAACUAUUCAAAAAACCCAACAAACAGCGGCUGCAUUUAUUCAGCAUCCCCCGCCUCCGCCCCCACCUCCACCUCCGCCGCCAUUUCCACCUCCGCCACAUCCACCUCCGCCAUUGCCUCCGCUGUUACCACCUCCACCUCCGCUGCAAUCACCACCACCAGAGAACCACGCGGAGCUUGGGCCAUUAUGCGCGUAG